AUGAGAAAACCAUUGGGCGAACAGGUUAAGACUCUAGGAUUGUUCUGGCGUGUUGAAGAGGACUCACUUACAUACAGAGUCAAAGAACCUCCAUCAGAAAUUCGCAUCACGAAGAAAACCAUUCUCUCCAUCAUAUCACAAAUUUAUGAUCCGUUAGGUCUGAUUAACCCGAUCGGUUGGGAUGAGUCUCUGCCGGAGAACCUGCACACCACGUGGAAGAAAUAUUGUCAACAGCUACAUAAACUGGAAGAAAUUAGCAUUCCGAGAGGAAUCAUUGCGACGGGUUCGACAAAAAUUGAAAUCCAUGGAUUUUGCGAUGCCUCGGAAAAGGCAUAUGGAGCCUGUCUGUAUUUAAGGUCAACUAAUAGCGAAAAUCAACGAACAUGUCAGUUAAUCUGUGCAAAGUCACGUGUAGCGCCAAUUAAGAAAAUCAGUUUGCCACGUUUAGAAUUAUGUGGAGCGUUGCUGUUGAGCAGAUUGAUGGAGAAGGUAGUCAAUGCACUCACAUGGCAAGUAGAAGAGAAACAUUACUGGUGCGACUCGACAGUGACUUUAGCCUGGAUCAAAGGAGAACCGUCUAGAUGGAAAACCUUCGUGGCCCAUAGGGUCACUGAAAUACAGAAGACCUCUACCGAAAUACAAUGGCAUCAUAUUAGAUCUGAAGAGUAUUCGGCUGAUAUGUUAUCCAGGGGAGUCGAACUGGAGAAGUUAAAAUUUGAAAGUCGGUGGUGGAAAGGCCCAGUGUGGCUAGAAAACGAAACCGUUUAUUAUCCGCUAGAGUCAUCAUGGUUAUCGGAGAUACCAGAAGGAAGAGUGAUGUCUACGAUGGUCAACGUGGAGCCCGGGUUGAGUGUUUGGACAAGGUAUUCAUCAUUGAAGCAAUUGAAGCAUGUUAUCACUUACUGCCUCAGAUUCUCAUACAAUUGCCGGAAGGCCACAGACCGGUUGACGAGUUGGUUAUCGGUCAAGGAAUUAGAGGAAGCAUUGAACAUCAUAUUGAAGCAGCAUCAGAACAGCAUUUUGCAAGAAAAAUAG